GUAUGUCUUCUGCUGCUAAAGAUGGGUAAAGGUCCAGGGGUGGGGGACCCCCGUGGGGACCGAGUUUGAAUCCAGUUGCUGUGGGGAGCAGCUGAAGGAGGUGGCCUGUUUAACCCAGCGCUUGAUUAAAAGCUUUACUUAACUGGUCGUAGAGGAGAUGCCAGCGAGAAACUUUGGGAGGGUUCGUAAUCCAACUCCCCAUAGAGCUUCAGGCCUCACAGAGACUGAACCUUACAGGCAGGCAAUCAUGAUAAGCCGGUUUUAUUACAGAUAUUAGAAAAGCUGUAACUGGAGGAGAAAACCAGCCCUUGCCAACGGCGAGAGAAGAAAAUUCAGCCCGAAGGGGAGAAGGCUUCACCCCAUUGGCAGCCUCAGUGCGAGUCUCGACUUGAGAAAGGUUUCCUUCCACCGUCCCAAACGGGCUCCCUGACGGACAUCGUGGGAGGAACCCGCGGCUGGGCCUGAGAUGGGAUAAGGACCCCCCCAUGGCCUCCAGGAAAGCGAUCCCGAAAGAGAGGGGUGCCCCCUCGGCCCUGCACCUCCCGGUCCAGGCUGCUCGAGAGAAGGGGGUCAAAAUGGAGAAGGAGACAGCCUGCGCCAAGCCAGCCGAGGGAGCCCAGAAGGGGCCCUGCGUCGUCCAGGCCGGUGGCCCCAGGGACAUGCCGAGAAGGGUGACCCCACCGCAGAUCAAGCAGGAGCCGGACGAGGGCUUGGCCCAGCGCUGGGAGGCCCAAUGGCAGGAUUUCUUGAAGAUGGUCCAGGCCCCGCAUCCCGGUUGGGGCAGCCCUCCGUUGCCGGAGCUUGUCGCUUUUAGUGACUCCAAAGGUUUCCAGCCCUCCAGUGGGGCAGCCCCACAGAUCUUGGGCUGGAAAGUGAAGGAGGAGGUCUCUGAAGAAGAGGCCGGGAACGCGGAGACCCAGAGGCAGCGGUUCCGGUACUUUUGCUACCAGGACGCUGAGGGUCCCCGCGAGGUCUGCAACCGCCUCCGGGAGCUCUGCCACCGGUGGCUGAAGCCGGAGAGGCACACCAAGGAGCAGAUCCUGGAGACCCUGGUGCUGGAGCAGUUCCUGGCCAUCCUGCCCCCGCAGAUCCAAGGCUGCGUCAGGGAGCGGGGCCCGGAGACUUGUGCCCAGGCGGUGGCCCUUGCGGAGGGCUUCCUGCUAAGGCAGAAGGAGGGCCAACGGCCUCGGCAGUUGGGUCAGGAAUCCUUUGAGGAAGUAACGGUGAACUUUCCAAGGGUGCAUCAAGUCUGCCUGGGGUCUUCCCGAAAGCUAGCAGGGGGCAGGCUGCUGAAUGAACAGGACCGGCCAACCCUCUGGGCCCAAGAUUACCUUGAGCGAGAGACUGCUGGCAGGACGUCGCUCCCAAAGAACCAGGACAGCCUCUUGCCCCGUCCCGGACUGGGCAAAAUUUCUGAGAACGAGCUGAGGCCCGAAAGGUCUUCAGGCCCCCUCCCGACCAAGAGAGGGUCAGAGUCGAUCCCCUGCCGAGUGGGCUACAAAGAUCUCAGCGGGAUCCUUUUCCAGGAGAGGAUCCAAGAGAGCCAGCGGCAGAAGCGGUGUGUUGUUCUCCGCCGGCGGAUCCAUACCGAGGAGCGGCUGUACAAGUGCCAGGACUGCCGGAAGAGCUUUGACCACCGUUCCCACUUCAUCCGCCACAAGAAGAUCCACACAGGCGAGAAGCCCUUCCAGUGCGCCGACUGCGGCAAGAGCUUCAACCGCAAUUCCAACCUCACCACGCACAUGCGGACCCACACGGGCGAGAAGCCGUACAAAUGCCUGGACUGCGGCAAGAGCUUCCGGUGGAGCUCGGAUUUCAUCGUCCACGAGCGGACCCACACCGGGGAGAAGCCGUACAGCUGCGCGGACUGUGGGAAGGCCUUCCGCCGCAGCUCCAACCUCACGGCCCACGAGAGGACCCACCGGGGCGAGAAGCCCUACAAGUGCUUGGAUUGUGGGAAAAGCUUCACCCGAGGCCUGUACCUGAUUGCACACAAGAAGACGCACUCGGGGGAGUGAGCCGGUACUCUUCUGGGAGAGAGAUGAUUCGUGGCACCUCCUCCUUGGACUAACUCUGGGGAGGAGAGGAGCUCGUCAAACCUCUGAUCCGAAUUGCACCCACGGCUGUUUCCAGCUCACCUGGGAGGGCUGUGGCGGGGAACAAAAUGCUCACUCCUGUGUUUGGUUGUUGAGAGUCUCCAGGUGACCGCUGCUGGACGAGUUGUACAAUGGUCCAAUCCACACAAGCUUGUCCCGCUGAAGUUGCAAGGAAGUCAGCCAGAACUUCACUCUGGCGCAUGGUCCCUCUGACGAGUCGUUUGCCGCAAGCCCUGUUGAUCCAUUCCGAUAGUAGGGCAACUCGGCACGGCGACCCCGUUCGGGGCGGCUGCUUUUUUUGGGAUGUGACUCGAUAUGGUUUGAGCAAUCUGAAUUGCCCAAAACCGUAAUCGAGAGAGCUGAGGCGAGGAAGGACUUGUUAGGAAGCCCUGGGUCAGACGGUUUCUCCAUCUUGUGGCUGGGGGUCUUUUUUAGGGUUGCGCAGUGCUGCAGAUUUGAUUCCAAAAAGGACCUUGGAGCCAGUAGGGAGGCCUGCUUAACCCUCGUCUUCAAUCCUUUAAAGCAGCCAUUGCUUUUUCUAUGUGACAGCUGCAGGAGACCGCUGGGCCAACCACUAGCUACCUUCAGCAGUGGAAGACGGGGGCUAAGUUUCCACCUGGAGAAAUCUUUUGAGAAUCGAAUCCACCGCACUACCCAGCUCUCGUUUUUUUACCUACUCGUCGCGUACCAGUUACGAAUCUGAAUGUCCCUAUUGAAUCUCACUUUUGCUGUGAACUCCCUAAGGGGCCUUCUCUCAGCUGCGUCCCACCCAUCUGCAUUAUGGGGAGGUAAUAAUACUGACGUACCGUACAUGAUUGCUCUAAGGCAGUGUUUCUCAA